UUUGUCGGAGGCGGUUAACUUCUAAGACGCUAAAACACACAUUAUACAAAUAUAAUGUAUACGGAGUCUUUUGUUCCAAUGGGCCGAGCCCUACAAAAACAGCGAGGAAGAUUAUUGUUUUGCUGGGCCGAGCCCUAAAAAAACAGCGAGUGGACCAGUGGUCCGGAAUCCACGUGAAUUAUGAAGUGGUUCGGGAAUCAUAAUGAAAUUUGCCAACAUUUUCUAUCUUUUGAAUGUUGGUAUACACGUCGGAAUUUGUACUUUUAAUUCUUUUCCAGCUUCAGGAACAACAACACGUCAAACUAACUAUUAUACUCCAG